ACGGGGCGUCUCCGCAUUCGCUGAGAAGGGUGAAGAGAAGAACGCCCUCAAGUCGCCUCCUCCAUUGUCAAGCUCCGCGACAGCCGUCAUCCCCCCCCGGACCCAGCAGCCGUCUCGCGAUCAACGUUCUACGCUCUCCGUUUCCCGAAAAAGAAAACGUACAUCUGUCGUAUGUCCGCUUUCCAGAACCUCCAGUCUUUUGACCCGUUUGCUGAUGCAAUCAAGGGUGAGUCCAGCCUCCCGGGGGGGACGGAUGAUUCAAUUCAUAUAAGGAUCCAGCAGAGGAACGGGCGGAAGACCCUGACCACCGUGCAAGGCAUUGGCGACCAGUACGACAAGAAGAAACUGGUCAAGGCCUUCAAGAAGAAAUUUGCCUGUAAUGGUACAGUGAUUGAGCACCCGGAGUACGGGGAGGUGAUCCAGCUGCAGGGAGACCAGCGCAAGAACAUCUGUCAAUUCCUCGCAGAGAUUGGAAUUGCAAAGGAAGAUCAGAUCAAGGUGCAUGGAUUCUAAACAUACCAAAUGAUUGUUGCUACCAGUGUGCGUUUGUGUUAUUUUAAAUUGGGCCCCCAUAACAAUGGCUCCUAACCUAGUGUGGGCAGCGAGGUUGUCUAGUGGAAAUGAUUGGAAUACAAAUGAGUGUCAAAUUUACUACCGGAGGGAGAUUUCUGUACGGUGGAAAGUGUAACCAACAGCGAAAAUUGAAACGUGUUUCCAAUGGAAAUGACCCACUAGGUUGUUAUACAUAUGCUGCUUUUUCUAUUGUCUUGUCUUAAUUUUUGAGUAUGGCGUUUCGCACAUUCAAAUAAACGAGUCCGAAAUGGA